AUGCCUGAACCAGCUACCAAGCAAGAUCUGCAACAGUUUAUGGGAUUUAUCCAGUACCUCAGUAAAUUCAUCCCUAAAUUGCCAGAGAAAGCAGCACCAUUUCGAGCACUUAUGAAGAAGAACGCAGCGUGGUCUUGGAAUCUUGGACAUCAAGUAUAGCAUUUCAAGAGUUGAAAGAAGAGUGUAGUAAACAACCAACUCUUAGAUAUUAUGAUGUCUCCAAACCAGUCAGAAUCUGAGCCGACAGCAGUAAGUCUGGAGUCGGAGCUCUAUGUCUUCAGGAAGGACAACCUGUGGCAUAUGCAUCUCGAGCCUUGAGUCCAGCACAACAAAGAUAUGCACAGAUUGAAAAAGAGUUACUUGCCACCGUCUGUCCAUGCGAAAAGUUUCAUCAGUAUAUUUUUGGCAAAAAAGUUCAAGUGAAAACAGACCACAAGCCGUUGGUCAGCAUCUUUAAGAAACCCUUGAACGAUUGUCCAAUGAGAUUACAGCGUAUGUUGCUUCGGUUGCAACAAUACGAUCUAGAAGUUGAGUACAAAAAAUGAGUUGGGUUGUAUGUAGCUGAUGCUUUGAGCAGAGCAUACCAAGAGAUCGAUCCAGGUGAUACACUUGAAGAGGAAUUGGAGAUUCACAUGGUGUUACCCAUAUCCAAUGAUAAGUUAAAGCAGUUGCAAUCAGAAACGCAGAAAGAUCCAUUAUUGCAAAAACUUAAGAACGUUAUUCUCAAUUCUUGGCCAAGAUAAAAGUCUAAUCUAUAUCCUACAGUGCAAGUAUACUGGGAUUAUCAAGAAGAGCUUACUAUUCAGAAUGAGCUGAUCUUCAAACGUAACAAGGUCGUGAUCCCAAUAGCACUAAGAGCAGACAUGCUGAAAGCAGUACAUCGACCACACCUUGGUGGAGAAGCCAGCAAACGACGAGCUCAUGAAGUUCUGUUUUGGCCUUCAAUCGACAGGGGCAUCGAGAAAAUGGUUAAAUCGUGUAGUGUUUGCAAUCGAAACCGUAACCAACUGCCAAGAGAAACCCUCAAGCCUCAUCCAGUACCUAGCAGACCGUGGCAACGGAUUGGAGUUGAUCUAUUUACAUUCCAUCAAAGGAACUACCUCAUUACAGUUGAUUUCUAUUCUGGUUGGUUUGAACUUGACCUACUCUGUGGUAUAGUCGCAUCCGCCGUGAUUUCAAAGUUAAAGUCGCAAAUGGCACGUCAUGGGAUUCCAGAUGUACUCAUUAGUGACAAUGGUCCACAAUUUUGUUGCAAGCAGUUUAAAGAGUUCAGCCAGAAAUGGGUAUUUAUCCAUGUAACCAGCUCACCUGUCUACCCACAAAGCAAUGGUGCUGUGGAGAGAGCGGUCCAAACGGCAAAGACCCUUAUGAAGAAAGCGUUCGAAAGUGGAGAAGAUCCAGUCCUUGUCAAAUCAUCGUAA